GCAGUUCAGUUUGGCGGCCUCGGAUCUGCAGUCAAAUCGGGGCGUGAUGUGGUCCCGAAUUAACCGAGCUGCCGAGGAGUUUUACUCUCGUCUCCUGCAGGAGUUUGAUGAAGAAAAGAAAGGAAUCCAUAAAGAUCCAUUUAUCUAUGAGGCUGAUAUUCAAGUGCAGUUGAUCAGCAAAGGUCAACCAAACCCUUUAAAAAAUAUUCUAAAUGAAAAUGACGUAGUAUUCAUUGUGGAGAAAUUGCCUUUGGACAAGGAAGAAACAAGUCAUGUUGAAGAACCACAAUGUGAAGAAACGGUUAUUUCUGAUUUCUCUACUGGGGAGAAUGUCGGACCACUUGCUUUACCAGUUGGGAGAGCAAGGCAGUUAAUUGGACUUUACACCAUGGCUCACAAUCCUAAUAUGACCCACUUGAAGAUUAAUCAUCCAGUUACUGCCCUUCCUCCCCUAUGGGUAAGGUGUGACAGUUCAGAUCCUGAAGGGACCUGUUGGCUGGGAGCUGAGCUUGUCACCACAAAUAACAGCAUUACAGGAAUUGUCUUAUAUACAGUCAGUUGUAAAGCUGAUAAAAAUUACUCUGUAAAUCUUGAAGACCUGAAAAGUUCACAUAAGAAAAGACAUCACUUAUCUACGGUAACAGCCAGGGGCUCCGCCCAGUAUGAGCUCUUUAAGUCCACAGCCUUGGAUGACACACUUGCUGCAUCACAAACUACAAUCACUUUGGAUAUUUCCUGGAGUCCUGUGGAUGAGAUUCUUCAAAUCCCCCCACUUUCUUCAACUGCAGCUCUGAAUAUUAAAGUGGAAUCAGGAGAACCCAGAGGUCCUUUGAAUCAUCUUCAAAGAGAACUGAAAUUUCUCCUUGUUUUGGCUGAUGGUUUGCGGACUGGUGUAACCGAAUGGCCUGAGCCUCUGGAAGUAAAAUCUGCUGUUGAACUUGUGCAGGAAUUUCUGAAUGACUUAAAUAAGCUGGAUGGAUUUGGUGAUUCUACAAAAAAAGACGCAGAGACGGUGAAGCAUGACAGUGCUGCAGUUGAUCGCUCCAUCGAGUGUCUCUUCACAGUACGGGGGGAUCUGGAUUUUGCUGAGCAGCUGUGGUUCAAAAUGAGUGGUAGUGUGAUUUCAUAUCAAGACUUGGUGAAGUGUUUCACACUGAUCAUCCAGAGUCUACAACGUGGUGAUAUACAGCCGUGGCUCCAUAGUGGGAGUAACAGUUUACUAAGUAAGCUGAUUCAUCAGUCUUAUCAUGGAACCAUGGACACAGUUGCUCUCAGUGGGACUAUUCCAGUCAAGAUGCUUUUGGAAAUUGGUCUGGACAAACUAAAGAAGGAUUAUAUCAGUUUUUUCAUAGGUCAGGAACUUGCAUCUUUGAAUCAUUUGGAAUAUUUCAUUACUGCAUCAGUAGAUAUACAAGAACAGGUGUACCGUGUUCAGAAACUCCACCAUAUUCUAGAAAUGUUAGUCAGUUGCAUGCUUUUCAUUAAGCCCCAGCACGAGCUCCUCUUUGCUUUAACACAAUCCUGCGUAAAAUACUACAAACAAAAUCCUCUAGAUGAGCAACACAUUUUUCAGCUGCCAGUCAGACCAACUGCUGUAAAAAGCUUAUAUCAAAGUGAGAAGCCGCAGAAAUGGCAGGUGGAAAUAAGUGGUGGUCAGAAGAAGGUGAAAACAGUUUGGCAGCUGAGUGACAGCGCACCUGUAGACCAUCUGAGCUUCCACAAAUCUGAUGUUUCUGAGUUAACAUUGAAUGGUAGCCUGGAAGAAAGGAUGUCCUUUACUAACCUGGUUACCUGCAGCCAGGUGCAUUUCAAGUGAAGUCGGCUGACGGAGUCCUCUGUAAGCACAAGACCAAAACAAAACAAAAAAAUUUAUCACAGAGCCUGAAAACAGAAAUGUAUAUAAACCUUCAAAGCAGAGAAAGGAGGAAGAUCCUGAAGAUUCUUGAUGAAAGAUGAAUCCACAAAAUGGGUGACCCUGUCUCAGCUCUGGCUCCGCAGGAGGAGCAUCAGGAGAACUGCAGAGAUUAGUACACAGAGGGUGCAGACUGUAGGUACCACGAUCUCUGUCACCAUCUGCAUGUGACUUAGCAGCGGCUCUGAAAUGGGAGAGAAAACACCACAAAUGAGCAUGUCAUCAUUUCAGCGAAUAUAGCCUCACCCUGAAAGAUUCAGCUGUAUUGGGAAAAACUUGGAAAAUGGUAUCAUCAAGCUUUGUAAUUAUUCUCAGUUGCUCUAAAAGAGAACAUGGUGAAUGAAAUGUUACUAAAAAAAUUAUGUGAGGGCUUUAUAAAAUAUUUCACAAAGUAUGGGGUAAAGAAUGCCUACAUUUGGUUCUUCCACAGGUAUUAGAAUAAAGUCUAAGUGUAUGUUAUACUUACCCUAAAUUCAUAUGAGGAUAUUAACUAACAGGCGUGUUCCACGGUUGCUGUAAUUUUCACUGGGGGGGUUGUGAAAGAAAAAUCGUGGGGAAGCCUCGGUAACCUUUCAAAGAUGUUAUUGUGUAUCUUAAGAGGUGUAAGAGUUUCCAUACUGAAAGUUUGUGUGGCAAUUCUUGCAUGGUUAAUUAAUCUUGAAGAGUUGAGUGAUAAGCAUGUUUCAUGUACAUGAUUAUAGUAGUGGACAUUUAUGUAAUUCCCACUUCUAGGUUUUGUGCCUGCCACCCUGACUACCAUGAUAAAUAAGGCAUGAGGCCCUGUUCCCACAGAAUUCAUAGACUCAGCAGUAAAUUCUACAUCAUGUGUCUAGGUGAUAAAAUACAAGUUAAUUUUGGUUUAAAGGAAUAUAUAUCCUUAAUAUUACCUGGUUAUUUAGAUGGGAGCAGAGCACGGUAGUGAUGGCCUAUAAAAAUAGCUGAAUUGGGGGAAAAAAUAGCUGAAUUGGUAGGAUUUGUUCCAUCUAGCACUUUCCACCCCUGAUACCACAUUAAAGAUGGGUUUGUUAAAACAGGAAGUAUACUUCUCUGAUUGCCCUUAGGGAAAGACAGAAUUCAAAGAAACAUAUGCUGUGUGCUGGCAUUCAUUAGUAUGUAGAUGGAUCUUUGUUAUUCUACAUCUCUGAGCCUUUUCUAUCCUACUGCACCAGAAACCUUGCCUUCAGGGACCUUGUUUGGUUUAUUGCUGGGCUUAAAACACCCCUUAGCUAAUAGUGAGUGCUCAAUAAUUACUUGCUGAAUGAGUGAAUAUAAUACCUGGAGUGUUCUUUGCCUUUUCUUUAUUUGAAUAUGGUUGCAUUUUUCCCUCCUUCCACAAAGCCCACUGUAACCAAAAUAGGUUUAUAAACUGGCUGUGUGCUUCAGAAAGAAUCAAAACUAGGGAGGAUAAAAUAUUUCUCUUUUGUGGUAGAUUUUUAAAAUGUUAUUUGAAAUGCUUAUAAAACAGAAAUUUGACAUUGUUUCAAAGUGAAGGAAAAAAUUCAUUUUUAAUUGUAUGUUUCGGAAUGAUUGACUUCAGGUAGAUCCACAUUUUGAGGUUUCGGUAACGUCAUUAUACGUAUAAUUAUGUGCCUUAAUUAUCAAAGGGAAAAAUUAAAAUAUACUCACCUGCAGCAAGCAUCUGGUUGUUGAUAGAACAAGUUUCCAAGGCUUUGAGGUACCAACUCUCCACCUAAUAAAAACCCACUAGGUAA